AUGAGGGCUGCUGGAAUUCUUGUCUUCUGUCUCUUCUCUUCAAUCUUAUCAACAGUGACUCCUCUGAAGUGUCAGAAAUGUGUUGCCCCUAUAAAUGAAUGUGAAGGAGAAAAUGUGAAGGUGGAGGAAUGCAAAGAAGAUGAAGAAUUUUGUUCUACUGUAGUUUUUAAUAGUACUAUAACCAAGCAUUCCGUGAAUUUGGUUAUCAAGGAAUGCUCAAAACGUGAGCAGUGUCUCAAUGGCUUCUUCAGCGCCACAGUAAUAGAUGGUAGAUAUGAACUGUCAAGAGCUAACUGUUGCCACACUGAUGUCUGUAAUGCAGAACCGCUUCUGU